AUGGACCCUCAGAAAUUUACGGCGUAUCCAUCUCUCGCCGCUGUAGAACAACUCAUCAUUCGCGAGAAGCGAGGCAACUGCGUCCCAAUAUUUAUCCAGCUUCCUGCAGAUCUCAUCACGCCAUGCAUGGCAUAUCUUCGAGUAGCCAAAGACUCCAAGUACAGCUUCCUACUGGAGUCGGUUAUUGCGGGGGAGAACAUCGCCAGGUACAGCUUCGUCGGCGCAGACCCACUGAAGGUCAUCAAAACUGGACCGAACGAGGAGUUUCAGGGAGAUCCACUUUCUGCUCUACAACGCGAGCUCGCCGUUCACCAAUAUGUGAAAAUUCCUGAAAUUCCAACUUUCACCGGAGGCGCGAUCGGAUACGUGUCCUAUGACUGUAUACAGUACUUCGAGCCCAAGACUGCUCGAGAACUCAGUGAUCCUUUGUCUAUCCCGGAAUCUUUGUUUAUGAUUUGCGACACCCUCCUCAUUUACGAUCACCUAUUCCAGUCAAUCAAGAUCGUCUCUCAUUCAAAAAUCCGUCGGCUAGCAAAAGUACUUCUGAGUCACACAACUCCCGAAGUACUGCAGCCUCCAAUUACGUUAGGAAACCAAGCCGUAUCCAACAUAGGCAAGGAAGGCUACGAGUCAUUUGUAACCAAGCUCAAGGAGCACAUUGUUGCCGGUGAUAUCAUCCAAGCAGUUCCAUCUCAACGCCUUGCUCGUCCAACAGAUUUACACCCUUUUAAUGCAUACAGACAUCUUCGCCAAGUCAACCCUAGCCCUUAUAUGUAUUAUUUGGAUUGCGGAGAGCUCCAGAUAGUCGGCGCCAGCCCAGAGACUCUUUGUAAAGUGGAAGCAAACAAGGUCUACAACCAUGCCAUUGCUGGGACCGACAACGAGCUUGCCAAACAGCUCCUUUCAUCUGAAAAGGACCGAGCGGAACACAUCAUGCUUGUUGAUCUUGCCAGAAACGAUGUCAAUCGGGUUUGCAAACCGGAGACCGUGAAAGUUGAUCAUCUUAUGGCGGUACAAAAAUUCAGUCACGUCAUUCAUUUAACGUCCCAAGUUUCGGGAAUGCUGAGGGAAGGGCUCUCGAGGUUCGAUGCUUUCCGCUCCAUAUUUCCCGCGGGAACUGUAUCGGGAGCUCCUAAGAUCAAAGCAAUCGAACUGGUUGCCGAACUAGAGCGCGAACGGAGGGGAGUUUAUGCCGGUGGCGUCGGACGUUUCGACUUCGCUGAUGACGAAAUGGACACAUGUAUUGCUAUUCGUACAAUGACAUUCAAGGACGGGGUUGCCUACUUACAGGCAGGAGGAGGCAUCGUUUUUGACAGCAUGGAAGACGAGGAGUAUGUAGAGACCCUCAACAAACUGGGAGGCAAUCUACGAGCACUGAUUGAUGCAGAGAGUAAGUCUUGUUACUAA